UAUUCUUUCUAGAAAGCGCCUCAAUUGAAGUUGUAGCCCUUUUGUGAUACCUCUGGCAAAAAGCAAGAUUCCAAAAUCACGCUGAGAGAAGAGCAGAAGACAUGGGCGACAACAUACCUGGAGGAAUAGUAGCUGCUGCAAAGAACCGUCUGCAGGUGGUGAAGGGUUUGGAGGAUGUGCAGGUGUCUGAGUGUGAGAGCUGCUCCUUUGACGUAACCUUGAAUCUGGCCUAUAUUGAGGGCGUGUGGACCAGAGAUGGGCUGCGGCUCAAGUCCAAGCCCACCUGUCGCAUCAGCACUCAUGGGAAGAAACACUCCCUCAUACUGAGCAGGGUGGCUUUGGGAGACGCAGGCCUGUUCUCUUUUCAGGCCCCCGGCAUUCAGACGUCAGCCAGACUCACUGUCACAGCUAGGGACAUCCACAUAGUGACAGAGCUGGAGGAUGUUGACACGGUGGAGCGCCAACCUGUAAACUUCGUCUGUGAGGUCAACCAAGUGGAUUUGGAGGGUCGGUGGUACAGAGAUGACAGCCGAAUUCGACCUGGGGACAACAUCAAGAUCAGACACCAGGGUAAAACUCACACCCUGUGCUUCAAGUCAGUCAGGCCAGAGCACGCUGGAGAGAUCAGAUUCACUGCAGAGCGUGUCUCAUCUUAUGCAACUCUCACAGUAAAAGAGCUCCCAGUCCAAAUAGUGCGUCCUCUGAGGGUCAAAAUAGCCAUGUAUCGCCACCGGGGUCUGCUGGAGUGCCUGGUGUCUCGGCCUAAUGCUCAGGUCACGUGGUACAAGAACAGGAAGGAGCUCGUGCCCAAUAAGAAGUACCAGAUGAUCAGCCAAGAUGUCUACAGGCAGCUGACCAUCGAUGACAUCUGCUCCUCAGAUGAGGACACCUACACCUGUGAUGCAGGAGAUGACAACACCUCCUGUCAGCUUUUGGUGGAGGAGCAGGCUAUCAGCAUAGUGCGGGGGAUGAGCUCAGUGGAGGUGACGGAGCCAGAGCCAGCGCUGUUUCAAGUGGAGACCAGCCUGAAAUCAGGGAGGCCCCCCCGCUGGACCCUGAACGGUGAGGCGCUGGAGCCUUGCGCAGCAGUGAACAUCGACAGGCAGGGCACUCUCCACAGCCUGUGCUUCACCUACACAGAAAGCUCCAUGUCUGGCCCCGUGCUCUUUGUAGCUGGGAAGAGUCGUUCCACUGCUCAGCUUACUGUCAAAGAGCGGCCUCUUCAAGUUGCCCACCACUUGGAAAAUGCAGAGGCGAAGGAGAACAGCUCUGUGACUCUGAGCUGUGCGUUUGCGCCCUCGCCCAGGGUGGUGAGGUGGUUUAAAGGUCGUACGGCUCUGAAGACCAACAACAAGUACAACAUGAAGAGAGAAGGGAAACGAGCACAGCUGACCAUUCAUGGUUUGUCAGCCAUGGAUGCAGGACAGUAUCGCUGCAUGGCCGGGGGUGCACAGAGCACAGCACAUGUUAAGGUAGAAGUGCGGACGCUGAAGUUGGUAAAACACUUAGAGCCAGUGGAAAUUGAGGAGGAUAGCAUUGCCAGGUUCACGUGUGAGCUCAACUAUGUGGUUGCCAAUGUGGAGUGGCUUCUCAACAAUGUUCGCCUCUAUUGCAAUGCCAUCAACAGGAUCCAGCACAUGGGCACUAUGCACAGCCUCACAAUUAAGAAUCCGCGACCACAGGAGAGCAGGGUCACCUUCAAAGCUGGGCUUCUCUCUGAGACAACCAUCUUAAAAGUCAAAGAGCAUCCAGCAGUGUUCCUGAGGUCUCUGGAGGAUGCAGUAGGAGAAGAGCAAGGGGAGGUCUGCCUGCAGUGUGAGAUUUCCAAAGAGAAAGUGACCCCUGUUUGGAGGAAGGAUGGCGAGAUCCUGACCACUGAUGAUAAACAUGAGUUACUCCAGUCUGGGAAGUCCAUGGCACUGAUCAUCCAUUCCCUGAGCAAAGAUGAUGCUGGACACUACACCUGUGACCUGGGCACCAGCCAGACCAAGGCUAAAGUUACUGUGCAUGACUUACGCAUCACUAUUGUUCAUCGUAUAAAGAUAACAUCAGUCCAAGAAGGAGAAUGCUGCACUUUUGAUUGUCAACUCUCUCACGAUCUCGAUGACGAGCCUUCCUGGACCAUCAAUGGCCAGCUGGUUGUCACCAAUAGCCGUAUCCAGGUUAUCAACAAUGGCCGCCACUAUAAGAUGACCAUUAGAGAUGCUUUACUGACCGACGCUGGAGAUGUGGUCUUCACAAUUAAAGACCUAAGCUGUACGACCAUGCUCUUUGUUAAAGAGAAGCCAGUGCACAUCUUCAGGGAGCUGCUGAACACUAAGGCGGUGCCAGGCGAAGACGCAGAGCUGAGCUGUGAGAUCACCAAACCAGAGGUCCUGAUCCGUUGGCUGAAAAAUGGCCGUUUGAUCAGGCCGAGCCCCAAGUAUGUGAUGAGUGUAGAGAAGAACCUGGCGCGACUGGUGAUCAAGAAUUCCACCAUCAGAGACUCUGGAGAGUACUGCUGUGAGGCCGAUGGCAUUGCCUCGCGUGCCAAGCUGGAGAUCAGAGAGCUCCAGCACACAUUUGCGAGGGAGUUAAGGGACACGCGGGCAGAGGAAAAGGGUAAAGUGACCCUGGAGUGUGAGACCAGGCGGCCAGCCAAGCGAGUGACCUGGCUGAAGGGCAUGGUGGAGCUGAGGUCCGGUAGGAAGUAUGUCAUCAGGCAGAAGGGUGUGGUGCUAUCCCUGACCAUCACCUGUCUGGACAAGUCGGACACAGAUAUUUACAUUUGUGAUGUCGGUACCAUGCAGAGCCGGGCACAGCUGACAGUGCAGGGUCAGAGGGUUUUGAUCCUGGACGAAUUAGAGGAUGUCGAGUGUCUAGAGGGCGACACGGUCACAUUCAGGUGUCGAAUUUGUCCCAGUGACUACAUUGGGGUCAAAUGGUAUCUGGACGAGACUCUGCUGUACACCAAUGAGCUCAAUGAGAUCCAGAUGGUGCCCGGAGGCUACCACACCCUCACAUUUAGACAACUCGCCCGCAAAGACACGGGCACUAUCUCAUUUUCAGCGGGGGACAAAAGAUCAUACGCCUCACUGUUGGUUAGAGAGAGGCGUCCUACCAUCAUUAAAGCACUGGAAGACUGCGAGGCUAUUGAAGGGGGUGGUUUGGUUUUGUCUUGCGUGGCCUCCAAGCCAUGUCACAUCCUGUGGUACAAAGAUGGCUGCCUGAUGUGGAACUCCUCGAGGUAUUUUGCCAGUCGUUCCGGCUGUGAGGCCCGGCUGACGAUUCGGGAGGUCAGCAACAACGAUGCUGGAGUGUAUGAGUGCAGUGCUGGAUCUGUUACCACGAGGGCCGUUGUGACUGUCAGAGCCAUCCCAGCAGAGUUCAUCCAGGCUCUUAAGUCCUUGGAGGCCAAAGAGGGGGAGACCGUCACCCUGACCUGUGAAUACUCUCUGCCUGGGGUCCAGUGCCACUGGAAGAGAGGUUUCGAGAGUAUCAGGCCUGGAGACAGAUACCUGAUUAAACAGAGGAAGACGAUCAAUUCUCUGACCAUCAAAGCACUGAAGCCUCUUGACUCAGGAGAAUAUACCUGCCAGUGCAGAGAUCACCACACUACAGCAAGCCUCAAAGUACACGCUAUUCCCAUAACAUUUAUACAGAAGUUAAAGAACAUGCAAGCAGAGGAGGGAAGCAAUGUCCUACUGCGCUGUGAGCUGUCUAAACCUGGAAUUCCAGCUGAAUGGAGGAAGGAACACGAGCUGUUGAAGAAUGGAGUGAAAUACCAGAUAAGGAAAAGAGAGACCACUCUGGAGCUUCUGAUCUGGAAGCCUGUUCCAGAGGACACUGGGGUCUACAGCUGUGCCUGUGCUGAUCAGAUAACAUCUGCCACUGUCAAAAUCACUGCUCUCCCAGUCACCUUCAAGCAGAAGCUGAGGAAUGUGCUCAUUGAGGAAGGCAGCACUGCGGCUCUACGCUGCGAGCUGUCGAAGCCUGGGUACAGUGUGGAGUGGAGGAAGAGCGGGGAUGAACUCAUCAGGAAUGGAGAGAAAUAUCACAUACGACAAAGAGACGGGCUGAUUGAACUGAGGAUCCUUGAUGUUACACCUGAGGACAGCGACAUCUACACAUGCAUCUGUGGAGACAUAGAGACCACUGCAACUCUGACUGUUAAUGCUCUUCCCAUCACCUUCAAGCAAAAGCUGAAGAACGUCCAAGUGGAGGAAGGACACAACAUCACACUGUACUGUGAGAUCUCUAAAGCGGGUGUCCCUGUGGAGUGGAGGCUUGGAGGAGAUCUGCUGGAGAAUGGAGAGAAAUACCAGAUUAAGCAAAGGGCCUCAGUCCUGGAGUUGAUCAUCAGAGAUGCUGAACCAGACGACAGCGGGGUCUACACCUGUGUGUGUAGAGAGCAGAAGACAAAGGCCACUGUUAAAGUUAUCGCUGUUCCCACCACAUUUAAAGUUAGCCUGAAGGGCCAGGAGGCUGAAGAAGGGAAGAGUGUGACUUUACGCUGUGAGCUGUCAAAGAAGGGAGUCCAGGUGCAGUGGCAGAGAAAUGCUCAGGUGCUGUCUGAGUUUACGUACCGAGGGAAGUAUCUGAUCAAACUAGAAGGAAAGACAGCUGAGAUGACCAUUGUCAAUGUCCAACCUGAGGAUGCUGGGAAGUACAGCUGCAUCACAGGAGAUGAGAAAACCACAGCCGAAGUUAAAGUGAAACCACUUCCUGUGACAUUCAAACGAGAGAUCCAGCGCAUGGUGGUGAAGGAAGGGGACAGUGGCGUUUUCAGCUGCGAGCUCUCCAAACCUGGAGCUCCUGUGGAGUGGAGGAAAGGCAGGACGAUCCUGAAGCCUGGAAACAAAUACGAGAUGAAGCUGGAGGGACCUUUCGCUAAACUUGUCAUCAACGACGUGGAGGAGAGUGAUGGUGGCAAAUAUACCUGCAAGACCAAAGACAGCCAAUCAACUGCUGAGCUCAUUGUCCAAGAUUUGCCAGCAAGUUUCAAGAUGCCACUAGUUAACCAGGAGGCAACGGAGGGCAACAGUGUGGUUCUGCGCUGUGAGCUCAACAAACCUGCCCCUUCGGUUGAGUGGAGGAGAGGAUCAGAGCUGCUGAAAAAUGGAGACAAAUACCAGAUGAGGAAGAAGGACCUGCAGGUAGAGAUGAAGAUUACGGAGCUCAGUCUGGACGACGCUGGAGAUUAUACCUGUAUAUGUGGAGAACACAGUACACAAGCUAGGAUCACUGUGAAUGAGCGGCCCAUCAAAUUCCUUCAAGAACUGAAGAAUAUUCAGGUCCAAGAAGGCAACGGAGUGACACUCUGCUGUGAGCUCUCCAAACCUGACACUCCAGUGCAGUGGAAGAAGGGAGACAAAGUGUUGACCAACGGAGAGAAAUACCAGAUGAAGCAGAGCGGCUCCAAGGUGGAGCUCCUCAUCAGGAAAAGCCAGCCUGAGGACAGUGGCUCAUACAGCUGUGUUUGUGAGGACGUAAAAACUACUGCCACCAUCAUCAUCACUGGGAUUCCAAUAACUUUCAAGCAAAAGUUAAGGAACCAGGAAGCUGUGGAGGAAGGCAACAUGACGCUGCGCUGUGAGCUUUCUAAAGCAGGGGUCCCAGUGGAGUGGAGGAAAGAUGCUCAACUUCUGAUGGAGGGAGAAAAAUAUCAGAUGAAGCAAGAAGGCAGGACAGCUGAGAUGCUGAUCAGAAAUUUAACUCUUAAAGAUUUGGGGGAGUACAGCUGUUUUGUUGGCACUGUUGUGACUUCAGCUGACAUCAAAGUAAGAGCACUUCCUGUUACAUUUAAACAAGAGCUGGAGAAAUUGGAGGUGAAGGAAGGGGACAGUGGAGUUUUCUCCUGCGAGCUCUCCAAACCUGGAGCUCCAGUGGACUGGAGGAAAGGAAGAGUCAUCCUCAAACCUGGAUACAAAUAUGAGAUGAAACAGGAGGGACGUUUCACUAAACUGAUCAUCAACAACGUGGAGGAGAGUGAUGCUGGGAAAUACACCUGCAAGACGAAUGACACCCAAUCAACUGCGGAGCUCAUCGUCAAAGCUCCUCCCAUCACUUUCAAGACAAAGUUAAGGAACCAGCAGGUGGAGGAGGAGAACAGCGUGACGUUGAACUGCGAGCUGUCUAAACCCGGCCUCCCUGUGGAGUGGAGGAAAGGACAAGAGCUGCUGAAGAGCAAUUUCAAAUACCAGAUUAAAAAUCGAAACAGCAGCAUGGAGCUCACCAUCAAGAACGCACAGCUGGAGGACAGCGGACUGUACAGCUGUAUCUAUGGUGACACCAAGACAACAGCCAACAUCACCAUUACACCUAUCCCCCUCACCUUUAAAAUGGGUCUGAAGAACCAGGAGGCCCCUGAGGGAGGCAACGUGUCCCUUCGCUGCGAGCUGUCCAGGGCCGGGGUGCCCGUGCAGUGGUGGAAGGGGGAGGACCAGAUCUAUCAGGGGGGACGGUAUCAGAUGGCGCUGAAGGGGAAAACAGCUGAGAUGAACAUAAGAAACAUCCAGCCUGAGGAUGUCGGGGAGUACAGCUGCAUCGUGGGAGAGCAGAAGACGACUGCUGAGGUCAACGUCAGAGCGGCAGCAUCUGUGUUCUUUGAGAAGGAACUGGAAAGCCAAGCAGUGAUGGAGGGCAAAUCUGUGCUGCUGUCCUGUGAAGUCUCCAGUGCUAAUGUCCCUGUCACCUGGAAGAAGGACAACACUGUGAUUGAAGAAGGAGGGCGGUACAUUUUAAAGAAGAAUGGCCCAACACACAGCCUGGAGAUCAAGAAACUAUACCUGGAGGAUGCUGGAGAGUACUGCUGUAUCACCAGAGGCAAGAAGACCACGGCCAAGCUGAUCGUGAGGGAGCGCGUGCGGAUCGUUACAGAGCUGCAGGGUAUAACGGUGACAGCGGGUGAGGACGCGGUGUUUGUGUGUGAGCUGAGCCACGCAGACGUGAGUGAGGGUGUCUGGUGGCUUGGCUCCAGCCCUCUGCAGAAGAACGAGAUGAACCAGAUGAUGUGCCACGGUCGCGAACAGCGGCUGGUCCUCACCAUGACAACACCUGAGGAGACCGGCAUCGUGGCGUUUGUGAUUGGGGAGGAGAGGACCUCUGCACGUCUGCUAGUUGUUCCUAAGGCCAGAGUUUUAUUUGAGGAGAAGCCUAAAGACGUUGUGAUCAUGGAAGGAGAGACAGCCACUCUGUCCUGCACAAUCUCUGAUUUUACCUCCCUGGUUACCUGGAGGCGCAACCACAUCCCCCUCCGAAAUGGUGAUAAAUAUGAGAUACGUAAGGAGGGAAAAGUCAACCUAUUGCUAAUACAUGAUGUGGAUCCCUUGGAUACUGGCACAUACUGCUGUGAUACAGGAGACGUGCAGAGCAAUGCCAAACUUACUGUAACAGAGCUCCCUCCAUUCUUCCAAGAAGAACUGCAAAGCGUGGAAGUUGAGGAGGGAGGUUCAGCUGCUCUGUACUGUGAGCUGUCUAAACUUGGAGUGCCAAUUCAAUGGAAGAAGAAAGGGCUGCCACUAAGAGCCAGCCGAAAGUACGAGAUCAGGCAAGAUGGCUGUCUCCUCCAGCUGCACAUCAAGGAUCUCAAACUUGAGGACAGCGGCAGCUACUCGUGUCAAGCAGGGAGUGCAGAGACCACUGCUACUGUGACAGUGAAAGAGCUCCCACCAUUCUUUAAGAAAGAAUUACGAAGUGUGGAGGCUGAAGAGGGAGGUACAGCCUCUCUGUGCUGUGAGCUGUCUAAAGCUGGAGUGUCAGUGCAAUGGAAGAAGAACAGACUACCUCUAAAAGCCAGCAGAAAGUACGAGAUAAAACAAGAUGGCUGCCUCCUGCAGCUCCACAUCAACGAGCUCAAACCUGAGGACAGGGGGAGCUACACAUGUCAAGCAGGAAGUGCGGAGACCACUGCAACUGUGUCAGUGAAAG